AUGGGUUCUUCUGGAAGAUGGAUGCUCUGGACCUUGUGUGUGUGUUUCAGCGCUCUGGAGAAUGCUGCACUCAGAGUGACCAUGAGGGAAUCCAGUCUGGAGGUGGUUCAAGGGGAUUUUGUCAUCCUGCCCUGCUCCUUCUUCACCUACACCUCCACCCGCCUCUCCAGACUCAACAUUAUCUGGACUCUGGCUCCCUUCUCCAGUCCAGAGACCCCAAUACAGGUGAUUGUGUACGACCACGGACAGGUGAUUGAGGACCCCUCCCUCACUGGCAGGGUGGGUUUUACAGGCAUUCCCCUGAGUGCAGAUAUCGUCCUGAAUGACACGCGAGUAUCAGAUGCAGGUACUUACCGCUGCAUGGUCAACAACCCACCAGAGACUGCAGAUCCUGGUAUAGGAGAGCUGGUGCUCACUGUUCUGGCGCCGCCGUCGCUGCCUGUGUGCCAGUGGGAUGGAGAUAUUGAUAUGGGAGGAAGUGUCAGGCUGUCGUGCUCGGUGGCGGAGGGCAUCCCCACCCCAGAGAUCCGCUGGGAUAAACUGAAUCCGGAGGAAAUCUCACUUCCCAUCAACAUGGAAGGGGAUCUGUCAGGCUCCGUCCAGAUCGUCAACGUUUCAUCUCAGACGUCUGGUCUGUACCGCUGCGCCGCCUCUAACGUCCUGGGAACAGAGAACUGCUACGUCAACUUGUCCAUCUACAGCCCUCCAGACAGUUCCUCGGGCAUCCUGCAGGGUGUGCUGCUGACCUUGUCCAUGAGUUUGGUGCUGCUGGCGUUGCUGGUGCUCGUCCUGUGGCUCCAUCGCACCGGCCAGGACGGGAGGUGGAGGGAGGGCAAAGGAGAAGAGGAGGAGUGUUACAACGAGAUCCGUUACACCCCGUCGCUGAUGAAGCGCUCUUUUGUUUGAGUUCUCAGCAUCUGGGAUUUAUAAAGAAAUGCUCCCACCCAGGUAUCAGACAAGAGACUUUCAGAACUUUUUCUAGAUGAUGGCUUUUUGCAGCCCGACCAGUGCUCCCUGCAUACUACUGUGUAGCUGUACAGCAUGACACAUUUUGAAAUAAACGCCCAUAUUCUGGAAAAUGUGGUGCUUUAUUCACAAGAAAGAUCUAUGAUUG